AUGAGUUACCAUGUCACGCUGCCGAGCGGCCACGCGCUGUGCAGUCCGUGCUCUCAGGCGACUGUGCAGAAGGCGGGUCUGUGCUGCCGGUUCUGCCGCCGCCGGGUCUCUCCGUGGACCCGGUACCACACCCGAAGGAAUCCCCUGGUCAAGGCCGAGCUGGGGGCCGAGCUGCGGGCCGUCGUCCAGAAACACCACGCCUGGGAGUGCAAGCGCAGAGCCUCGGGGCCGGAGGCGGAGGACGUUGGUGGCUAUCAGCCAGUUCGCUUAUUAAGUAGACCUGGGGAAUUGGAGAUAAGCAAGGUGGAGGCAGAGCGACGAGCUAGUGAAGAAGAAGAAAACGAAGCCAGUGAAGAAUACAUACAGAGAUUAUUAGCAGAGGAGGAAGAGGAGGAAAAACGACAGGCAGAAAAAAAGCGAAGAGAGAUGGAAGAGCAACUGAAAAGUGACGAGGAACUAGCCAGAAAGCUAAGCGUUAAUACCAACGAUUCCUGUGAUGGAAAUGUCUUGGCUUCUCCCUUGAAUCCCAGAAAAUCUGAUACAGUCACAACCAAGUCCCAAAAGAAAAGUAAGAACAAACAAACAAACCCUGGAGAUAUUCGUAAGUGUUUGUCACCUAGACCUCAGUUUGGGUCAGCGUCACAGUCUGAAGUUGUACAAGAAAGCAGGGAAAACUCCGUGUCUAAGGAAACUGAGAGUAGUGUUGUAAAGAGCCCUACACAGCAAGAUACAGAAAUUGAGGAAGAUAUGCCAACACUUUCUCCACAAAUACGCACUGAAAUGCAAGAACAGGCUGAAAAGUCUUUAGAGUCACCUGUGCCUCAGUUACGUGCCAAUGGUAGAGAAUGGUGCCUUGAAGGAAAAGUCCAAAUGAGUACAACCAAUCAUGAUAAAGAGUUACAUGUCCUAAAUCAUGAGGGACCUGAAGCCAGAGUUGUUCCUUGCUCUGAAGAAGCUGCAGUUAAGCCUUAUGGCAAAACAGAGAGUGGGUGCACUAUAGCAGGUACGACACAAAUAAUUGGAAGUAAUACAGUUGAGACAGAAAAUGAAGAGUCUUGCCUACCGAUCAGUAAAGAUAUUUCCAAAAGAAAAAAAAAGGAAUCUUUAUCUGAAGCAUCCAGGGAUCCAUGCGUUUCUGCCAAAAGAAGAAAAAAGUUCCCCAAAGCUUCCUCAGACCAAGAGGAAACAGAAAUCAACUUUACCCAAAAACUGAUAGAUUUGGAACGCUGGCUUUUUGGGAGACACAAACAAGAAGAACAGGACAGGUUAUUAGCGUUACAGCUUCAGAAAGAAGUAGAUAAAGAACAAAUGAAGCCAAACCGGCAAAAAGGAUCCCCAGAUGAGUAUCAGUUACGUCCUACAUCUUCACCUCCAGACAAAUUGCUAAAUGGACAGAGGAAGAAUUCCAAAACUAGGAACUUCAAAAGACAGACUGCUCUAGAGCAUUCAAAAUCUCGGAGAGGCUCCAAAAAUGAAAAUUGGCAGGCAUCUUUCAAGAUCCAGUUGAAACAUCCAGUUAAUGGAAGAAAGAUGCCAAAUUCUUCUAGAGAUAAUUGUAAUGUAUCUAAAAGUGCUCAUUCCCUACAGCCUAGUAAGUCACAGAAAAGUAUUUUUCAGAUGUUCCAGAGGUAUACAAAGUAAUUCAUGGGGAAGAGGGAGUAUUUUA